AUUCUGCCCUUAGCAAGAAGUGCAUAGGGCACUUCCGACGGCUCGCCUUGACCAGCAUGGUCUCCUGUUGCGGGGAAGGCAUUUGGGGGAGCGCCUCCCCUUCCAGUGUGGAAAUCAUCCGUCCAGGUUCGACAUCUCCAACUCCCUGCUGCUCCGGAUGUGGUGAGAACGCCAAUAUCAUAAGAGUUCUGGAGGGCGAGAAUGGCUUUGGUUGGGGCCCUUUGGCCAUGGCGUCUUACCCCGCCAUUGCCAUGGUCUUGCCGAAAGCUGACGAACAGACGUUGAAGUCUUCACUCGCAAAAGCGCUCCAGGCUGUGCCCACUGCUGCAGGCCGCUUUUGUCAGAACGGCAGAGGGCUACAGCUCAAUGGUGCUGGUGUACCAUUUCGGGUUGUCUCAAGCAAUGAGAAGCGCGCGCCCGAAAGAUUAGAGGAGGUGCAGCUGUUGGAUUUCGCUGACUUCCCAAACCCAGCUACGGUCUACAAGGGGAAAGCUCCAGUGAUGACGGUGAAACUGACCAAGUUCCAGGAUGGAAGUGGCGUUCUUUGUAUGUGUCGCUCACAUAUGUUGUUCGACGGCACAUCGGCCUGGACUUUCGUCGCCUACUGGUCAGCUCUGGCUAGGGGUCAGGAGCCAAAGCCACCAAUCUGGGACAAGGAUCAGGCCAUUGCAUUAGUUCCUGAUGAGGAGGAGACACAGCAGAUAGCAUUGCAGUUAAAUGGCAGGCGCCUCAAGUGGUCUCCAUUGAAUGUGGUAAUGAAGGCCACGAUGGUUCUGUUUUCAUCUACUUAUGAUGCGCUCUUCCGGAAUGCCGGGGUUGGUUUGUAUCGAGACCGCCUUUUCUUCGCUGAUGCGGAGUUGGCGGCGUUGAAGAGCUUUGCCACGCCAAAGACUGUUGAGCCUGGCAAAGACAAUUGGGUCUCUACUCAAGAGGCUUUUGUUGCCUAUAUGAUCCACACCCUGGGCCAGCAGCUCGUGUCUCCUACGGCCAAAGGUGCUUGCAAGGUGGUUUUCUUCCUGGACCCUCGAAAAAGUGUCGGUUUGCCAGCAAACCAGCUAUUGGGCAGUGGAUUGGUACUCUUCAUGGUCAAGAUAGACAACUUCCGUCGCCUCUCUUUGCCAGAGAUCGCCAGUGAAUUGCACGAGGCACUCUCCACCAAAGAAAGCGGAAAGAAGCUGGGGAAGCAAUGGCGUUUGAUCACUGGUGCCUGCGAGAUUAAGAAAGUUUUCGACAUCUACAUGGAGUACCUGAGUACAUCAGGCUGUGACCUGGUUCUUCAGAUCAACAACUCUUCCAAGAGAGAGCUGCCAGAUUUUGGCAAUGGUCGAUGUGAGCAGGUCGUAACCAAUGCUGGGCCCACCCUUUUGCUCCCUGCGAAGGGUGGCAUGGAGGUUUUCCUGCAUUCCAGUGUCUUUUCGAGUACAGGUUGUUCUUCCGCUCAGAAGCAGAAGGCCUUAGAGGCGCUGCGCUCCGAGCUCCCAAGGAGCACAGCGUGACGGACAAUGCGCAGCUCUUGCUUUGGGUCAGGUACAUGAACGGUAGGAUGAUCGGUGUCCCUAAAUACCAGUGCCUAAAAGCAGUCAUGUGUUUCAUGUGUACACAACCAGCCUGGAGCCAAGGCGUGCAGCCUGGCACAGAUUUGCA